AUGUCCACGCCUCGUGUUUUAGUUGACAAAAAUACUGGAAAAAAGCAUUGUAUCGAUGGUCUCAUAGAAUCAAAACACAAGUCUGAAGAUGAAAAGCUACGACAAACAUUCGGUGAUCAUACGAAGUUAAAUGCUUCACAACUUCUACCUAAAGUCGAUCUUCGUUCAGGCAUGCCACCUAUUAAACAUCAAGAGCGAGUAGACAGUUGCGUGGGGAAUGCUAUGGCAGAAGCUUAUGAAUAUUUAUUAAAAAAAAGAAGUCGUAAUGGCAUCGAUGUAAGUCGAUUAUUUAUUCAUUACAAUGCUCGAGUUAGAGGUAAAUUUGCAGAUGGAAAAAUAAUAGAUAAAGGUAGUAUAAUACCAUAUAUUAUUGAGGUAUUAAAACAAUUCUCUACGUGUCUCAAAUCAAUGUGGCCAUAUGAUAUAAAAAAAGUAAAUGAACGUCCAAGUGAUGAAGCAUACGAAGCAGCCAAAAAUAAUUGGAUGACUCGUUUAUUACGACUUAAAGUGGAUUUAAAUGAGAUGAAAACAUGCCUUACGCAAGAAUAUCCAUUGAUAUUUGGUGUAAAAACAUUUGGUCUUCGACACAAAGUGAAAGAAAACGGUAUUGUACCAAUGCCAAAACCAGGAGAAAGUCAGUCAAAAGAUCAUCGAAGAAAUGCGACGUUAGCUAUAGAUUAUAGGCAUCAUUUGAAAACGUUUAUCGUUCAAAAUUCCUGGAGAAACGAUUGGGGUGAUAAAAGAUAUUGUUACAAUCCAUAUGAUUAUAUGACUGAUGAUGAUUUUUGUUUUCAAGGAUUGGCUGUUCGUCAAGUGGAAACUGAUGAUAUCGAUUAUGAACACUGGAUCUAUGAUGAUUCAAUUGAUUAUCAGCCAGAUAAUGUUGAUGAAGAAAAACCAAACGAACAAGAAGAGCAAAACAAUCAAGACAACCAAUAA